UUUUAAGUUUGUUAUAAAGACGACCUUUCCCCUAUUUUCAAUGCAAUAUAUAAAACAAGUCCUAGUCUUGAACAGCAGCUUGUUUAGGGCUGUGUUGUGAUGUGGAGAGGAGUUAGAGGAUUCUUACCUGCUAACAGCUUGAUAGUGGUGCGAGGGAUGUCUUCAGGAGCUGUGAGGAGACUGGAGGGGAAGGUGGCAGUCGUGACUGCAUCCACAGAGGGGAUUGGCUACAGUAUUGCGAAGAAGCUGGCCAUGGACGGUGCAAAGGUCAUGUUGAGCAGCCGUAGAAUUGCUCACGUGGAGCGGGCGGUGAAGCAGUUACGUAGCGAGUGUGAGGGUGUGAGUGUGGAGGGGGUGGUGUGUCAUGUGGGCAAGGACGACCAUCGCAAGAACCUCAUCAAAGAAACGGUGUCCAAGUUUGGCAAGCUUGACAUAGUGGUCUCCAAUGCUGCAGCUAAUCCCACUAUGGGCCUCACGUUGGAGACGUCUGAUUCUGCUUGGGACAAGAUAUUUGAGGUGAAUGUGAAGGCAGCUGCUCUGCUGGUCAAGGAGGCCCACCCUCACCUGGUAGCCAGCGGAUCUGGAGCUGUUCUGUUUGUCUCUUCUCUUGGUGGAUAUGCUCCUGUACCUUCUAUUGGAGCCUACUCCGUGAGCAAGACAGCUUUGCUUGGACUGACUAAGGCAUUGGCUGAAGAGCUUGCCCCUGACAACAUCAGAGUGAACUGUAUAGCUCCUGCACUAUUCAAGACAGACUUCGGUGCUGUGCUUUGGAAGAAAAAUUCCGUCUACAGUGAUGCACAGAAAAAAAAGUUUCCUACCUGGAGGCUAGGAGAGCCUGAUGAGUGUGCAGGAGCAGUGGCCUUCCUCUGCUCUGAUGAGGCCAGCUACAUCACCGGGGAGACCAUCCCUCUCACUACUGUUGAAGGUGUUAGACUGUGUGGGAUCAUGUGCAUCAGCUUAUUUUUCUCAGUCACACGUUUCACUGCUUUCAAUGCUUUAGCAAUCCUCACAGAAGCAAGUUUAUUUCUUAUUGAUCUUUACCACAAGUUCAGUAAUUUAAUGUGGAAGAUGUCCUUAGGAGCUGUAAGAAAACUGGAGGGGAAGGUGGCAGUGUUGACUGCAUCCACAAGUGGCAUUGGUUACAGCAUGGCAAAGAAAAUGGUCGUGGAUGGUGCAAAGGUCAUGUUGAGCAGCCGCAAAAGUGAUAACGUGGAGCGGGCGGUGAAGCAGUUACGUAGCGAGUGUGAGGGUGUGAGUGUGGAGGGGGUGGUGUGUCAUGUGGGCAACGACGACCAUCGCAAGAAUCUCAUCAAAGAAACACUGUCUAAGUUUGGUAAGCUAGACUAUCUGGUCUCAAACGCAGCGGUAAACCCAGCCAAGUGUGGCAUGCUAGAGACUUCAGAAUCUGCUUGGGAUAAGAUAUUUGAAGUGAAUGUGAAGGCAGCUGCUCUGCUGGUCAAGGAGGCUCACCCUCACCUGGUAGCCAGCGGAUCUGGAGCUGUGGUGUUUGUGUCUUCAGCUGGUGGUUACUCACCAACCUCUUCGCUUGGAGCCUACUCUGUGAGCAAAACAGCUUUGUUUGGACUGACUAAGGCAUUGGCUGAGGAACUAGCACCUGACAACAUCAGAGUGAACUGUAUAGCUCCCGGACUGUUCAAGACAGACUUCAGCUCUGUGGUUUGGAGCAAUCCUGCAUUCCUAGAAUCAAUGCAGUUCCAUCCUUCCUGGAGGCUGGGAGAGCCUGAUGAGUGUGCAGGCGCAGUGGCGUUCCUCUGCUCUGAUGAGGCCAGCUACAUCACCGGGGAGACCAUUGCUGUGUCUGGAUUAUGGGGAACUAGACUGUGAAACAAUAUAACAUAAUUAUUAUACAUGUAGUGUUUGUGUUGUGAAUUUUUUAUUCAAUUUGCCCUUUAUUUCUUGUUGAUCU